AGAAGAGCUUGAAUGACAUCAUUGGGGUGUUACUGAGACGCACAUCCGACACAGGGCUGCCCCAAAGAAAGCAUUUUCCAUGCAGCUUCUACACGGCUCAGACUAUGAGUUUGUAUUUGGAUAUUAUGCACCACAAACUCAAAGCAUGUUGAGGGAGCUGGGAAAUAAAGCACAUGAAGGCACCUGAAUGCUUCGGACAUCAUUCCCCGAAUUCAGGGCAAUUAAGAUCAGGUUAAGGCAGAGAGGGUGGCAGCUGAUUGAUGCUGGCAAAGAACUAUCAGGAUUUCAUGAACUGGAGCAUCAAGCCAAGAGCUGCUCUUUGGCAACGUCUGGAUAACCCACAAUGCCUUCUGGGAAUGGAUUUGCAGAUGGCAACCCCCGAAAAAGCGGCACCUUGUCCUCCCUAGGAGGGAUAGAGGAGGCUGUGGUGAGUUCUGUGGCUCGGCUCCAUCCUGCGGAUACAGCUUUUCCCGUAAGAAACAUCAGAUUUGGGUCCAAAAACCCUUGGGAGCAUGGGAGAGAGGAGGGAGUGUGAUGUGCAUGGCCAGCGGGAAGAGGCCGGGAGAUGACGGAAGCAAAGAGUAAAAAUAGGACAGAUGAAAGAGGGCACGGAAGGCAAGGACAAGGAGAGCCACCAAAACCCAUCCAAAACCAAGAGCAAAAUUGUUCGCUUCCGUAGGUUAGUCACAAUGAAAACAUUUGGAUUUCAUCACUUGUUCCAGCUCAAGAAAAAUACCCGGGUCGGGCAGCAAGGUCUCUGGGCAGGUCACCAAAGCCAUGUGCCGAUGGACUGCACCUCGAGGUUUGUUCUAGGGAGACCAACUCACCCUUCUCAUCCAGUUUAGGGACAAGGAAGGGUGGGUGAGAGGGGAGAGCAUCCUCCUUGUCAUCCUGCUCACCUUUCUCUUGUCCUUCCCAGCCCCCUGUGGACAUUGCUAGGAGUGACUGACCAUGGCUCGCUGAGCUCAGCAGCACCAGGCUGCCAAAACUCAACCAUUGCAAUGGGUCUGAGCAUCGAGAACACGUUUUUCUCAGUACUAGAGGCAUGACACGCUUAAAGAAGGGUCUGAGUGCUGCGGCAUCCAGAAACAGGGCAUUACUGCACAAAGAAGCACACCAAAGAAGCCAUAAAGAUAUCUAGGAACAGCCAUGUGCACCCCGUCGGGUACAGCCCUCUUGCUCUGUGGUUUUGCCACAGUCACACCCAAUGUAUAUAUUGAUCCACCCCUUGCAGAGGGGCUCCCAGGUGUCCUGCACCCCCUUGCUGCUUUCUGUUGUGAAUAUUUCUGCAAACUGAGCGUGAUGCACUGCCCCAGUGCUGUUUUUAGUGAGCAGGAGGAGAGUAGGGAGCCACGCACUGUCUGCUGUGGACUUUGGGGAAGAACAGAAGCCAUUCCAGGGCUGAGCUCAUCUCUAACCCCGGGAAAUGACUUCAUGGACACUGGUAUUUACUCACAAAAACACUGCAUGUCAGAUGUCCCUGACUAGACUUUCUGUUUCAAGUCCAGUAUGAGACAAGAAUUUCCUUGGACGAGCAGCUCCGGAGACAAUUCAGGGCUUGGAGGAGGAAAAGAAGAAUCAGAAGAAAAAUGUCUGCAUCUGAGACUCUGAAGGAUGAGGCUCUCUGAGCAAACAGGGAUUUGGGGAUGCCAAAAGCACCUGCACAGGGGCAGGGAAUGAGGGUCUGCGAGACCCCAGUUUGUAUGGGACGUGCAAUGCAAAACGUGCUGCAGCUGCGCUUUUGCUGCAGGUGACCCCGUGCUCCUGGUGGGUCCCAGGACAGCGUCCCAGCCCGGUGGGGGCUGUAUGGGAACAGCCCAGCAGUGCUGCUUCCCAGUCCUGCUGCCCAACAACGUGAUGGUUAAACCAGCGCUCAGCAGGCAGCUGACCUUCAGGGAGAGGAGCAGCAACAACAAAAAGAAAACACAGGAGGUCUACUUUGCAAAAAAAAAAAAAAAAAAAUUGGGGAAAAAUAGUCAUUUUAACAAGGGACCACACCCUUAAAAUAAGUCUUAUUAGUAAUGCAUGCCCAGGACAUGGUUGUGUGAUGGCAUGCUGCAAAAAUCCUCUCUGAACAGGGACCAAAGCCUUUGUUGUGGCAUGAGUGAGGCGGAUGGUUCCCAGGAAAAAUCCUGUCCCUCUCUUGCGUCAUGCGUUUGGGGUCGGGAGGACAUUUCCAGACAAGAGGCAGCCGGCCAGGAGGGAGGACAAACAGGGAAUGCAUUCCUGACCCACUAUUUAAUUGCCUUAGUGCAGGUGCAAAGAGCUAAGUGAAAGGAAAAAUCAAGAUGUGGGGCUGCAUUCCUCUCCGCUUUAACCAGAGAAGGCUGCUGUCAUGAGUGAGCUCCCACCCAAUUCCUGUGUGCUUUCAGUGCUUUCUUCUGCCCCAGGAGUGGUCUCUCCCCAUGGAUGUCCAUGCCAGAAGUGAUGCAAGGUGUAGGAUGCUGGAUGUGGUCCCAUAAGGGCUGUGUGUGCCCUGGGUCUCAGGGCUCUGCCACAUGCUGCCUUUACCCAAAGCCCCGGGUGAGCCACCCUCUGUCAUGGUAAGGCACUAUGAGUCUUAAACCACAGAGAGGGGAAACAAGCCCCAGCCUUUUGGUUUUUAAGCCCCCACAAGCUUUUUGUCCACUCUGGGGGCUUUGUGUGAUCAUAGAAUCAUCAUAGAAUCAUUAAGGUUGGAAAAGACCUCUAAUAUUGUCUAGUCCACCUACCGCUAAAAUGCUGAAGUAAACACAAAAAAUAAUGAGGUGGGAAUUGGGAAAAGGGAAAAAAAUGAGUUUAUUUAUUAUAGCAGCAACAUGACCCAAGUUCCUCUCAGAGUUUAAUCCCUUCUUAUGGCAUCUCCACCUGAGCUCACCUCUGGGCUCACAUGGACCCGGCCGGACCCAGAGCAUCGCUGGGUGCGCACGUGCCCAUGUAGGCUGCGAGCUCCCGGUUGUCUGAGCAACAGGAUGCUCAUCGCCAACCCCGGCAAUAAUUAACUCAUUUCCCUGUAUUUAUAGAAAACCGAUGCGGUGUGUGCUGGCACUGGUCCCCUAUGGGGCCACGUUUGGCCGCAACACCAGAGACAACAUCCUGAGCGCUGGCCACUUCUUGCUCCACUCUCACGGCCGGCUCAUUAGGACUAGAAGCAGACAGCUCGUUAAGCCAGGAGGGCAGGGGUGCCCACCUCUGGGUUUGCUGCAGGGGAUGUUUGCGUCGGCGUUGCCUUCUCCAGAUGCCAGCGGCUGCGUAUGCCUCUGCUCAUAGCAGUGGAGCUGCCGGCUGUGCAGACCCACGGAUGCUCAGCCCUGGAGCUGCCUGGCUUGCUGUGGGGACGGGCAGCAUUUCUCUUCGCUUCAGGGCAUGUGUGCGCCAGCUGCUUUAGUUGAAGCUGGACCACCCCACCACCCCACCACGGAGGGGGACACCAACACCUCGGCCGCUCACUGCCCAGAGCGCUGGGUCGAGCCCCGGUUCACGCAGGCAGCGAGGGUGCGUGUGGCCAUCACAGCCAUCUUCUUCUUGCUGGCAGUGUGCAGCAACACGGCAGUGCUGGGCAGCCUGCUGAGGAAGAGGAGGAAGUGCCACGUGCGGCCGCUGAUCCUCAGCCUGGCGCUGGCCGACCUGCUGGUAACAGUGGCAGUGAUGCCCUUGGACGCGGCAUGGAAUGUGACGGUGCAGUGGUAUGGCGGAGACCUUUCCUGCAAGCUCCUCAACUUCCUCAAGCUCUUUGCCAUGUAUGCGGCUGCCCUGGUGCUGGUGGUCAUCAGCCUGGACCGGCAUGCUGCCAUCCUCCGGCCCUUCGCCCGUGCCCGACGUCGCAAUGGGCUGCUGCUGCGUGCUGCAUGGCUGGGCAGUGUGCUGCUAGCGUCACCCCAGCUGUUUCUCUUCCACCUGCACACAGUCCCGGGAGGGAACUUCACACAGUGCGUUACUCAUGGCAGCUUCCGAGCACACUGGGAAGAAACCAUCUACAACAUGUUCACCUUCACCACCCUCUAUAUCACCCCCCUGAGCAUCAUGAUUGUUUGCUACGUCCGAAUCAUUUGGGAGAUCAGUAAGCAGCUAAAGAUCAACAAAAGUCUGGUAAGAAGUCAAAAUGACCACAUCUCCAAGGCACGUAUGAAGACUCUCAAGAUGACUGUGGUGAUUGUUGCCACCUUCAUUAUCUGCUGGACCCCAUACUACCUCCUGGGCUUGUGGUACUGGUUUCAGCCAGCCAUGAUCCAGAGGAUGCCCGAGUACAUCAACCACAGCUUCUUUCUCUUUGGCUUGCUGCACACAUGCACUGACCCCAUCAUUUACGGACUGUACACUCCCUCAUUUCGGGAGGAUGUGCAGCUGUGUCUCAGGGGCAUUGAAGCAGCCAUUACCAGGCAUGAGAGACACAAACCCAUCUCAGCCUCAGAGAAGACCACCAAGGAUGGGGCUGUCAAUGGCCAGGUGGCAUCGGGUGGCUCCAAUGGGACAACUGUCAACACGGUGUGCUGAAGAGAUGCACCCAAAAGGAGACUAGAUGUGCAGUUUCAGGGGCUGCUUUGUCUGGUGGGAUGAUUUCAGAGACUGGUUCACCACCUGACUGUGGUGGGUGUGGGCCUAUAGCCAGAAACCGUGGACAUGUCUCCUGCCUCUACUCAAAGUGAAUCCUCAUGUAGGAGCUGCUCUCCCACCCAGCACAAGGAGGAUGCAGUAGAGGGGCUAAGCCUCAUUCAUUAGAGUCCCACAAGCCUGAGGUCUUCCUUGUCCACUCUUCUCCUUGCUGUGGCAUCCAAAACAGUUUUGGGGUCACUGCCUGACACCCUUCUCCCGUCAGGCUGCCUCCGUAGGGAGGGAGGAGAUGCUGUGGGGAAGGAGAGGGACAAGAGUGAUACAAAGAGCUGCAAUGGGCUGAGAUAGGGUUGGAAGGGAUGCAGUGGUGUUUCUUCUCAUGUAGGGGUGGUAUGCAUAUGUCCUUAUGUAGCAAAAAUCUGGGACACAGGGUUGACCAGGAGUAAGUAUUUGGGGUAACCAAAGGACGAGAACAAGACCUACUGCUGCCUAGCCCCUCUCAGCUGGCAAGUCACACCAGGCACAGGGCUGCAACUGUCAUCUUACACACGCCAGCAGAACAAACCCCACCUUUUCUCCUCUGUACUUUCCCCAUUUUCACUCAUACACGUUUGCUUUACCCUAACACCCACACUUCACUUCUGCCCCCAGUCAGAGUGUGUGCUGCCAGCUGCAGCUGAUGGCCCUGUUCUUCCCGGUGAUGGGAAACACCUGUGGGUGGAGGGCCCAUCAGCUGCUGUGGGUGCCAGCUGGGUGCUGAUAGCCUUUAAAUGCACAGCACAGAGAAGGGAGGCUGCUGAAAGGGUCAGGAUGGAGGAAGGAGGGAGUUGGCUGAGCUCUGGUGAGUAAAAUGGUUUAUUUUUAAUUUUUUUUUUUGGCUUUUUACCAUUGUGCUAGAAGUUGUUUGUGGAGUUGGAGAUCUUUGUCUCUAGGUGUGUGUUGAAGAUGUGAGUUUAUUCAGCUGUGUUGUUAUCUUCCAUGCAGUUAGGGGUGAUGAAUUAUUUCUUUGUUUGUGAUAUGCUGACUGUUGCUAAGUGUUGUUUUUUGUUUAUUGCUUUUGAAGGCAGCUUUAGUUGGAGCUAGGUGGAAUUCUUUGAGGUUGCUGGCCGGUUGGUUUUUGUUGUGUGGAAUCCUUAGGCAAUUGAGGCAUUCUGGAUUUCUCAGGAGGCAGCUCCCUGAGUGUUUUUGUGACCACUGUGGCUUUGAAUGAGCUCCUGGGCUUUAUCAGGGUGCACACAUUAAUAAGAACUCUUGACUUGCUGUGGCUGUGGAUGUGGGGGAAGCUGAGGUCCCCUGAGAAAGCAAGUACCCCUUAGGCAGCCUGGAGUGAUGGAUCCCUGUUGGUCAGAAAGGACCUGGUCUGGUCUCCUAGCGCCCAGCCCACAAAAACCCAGUGGGGUUUAAACUAAAGGAGUGGUAAGCGGUGUUUGCUGGGCAACUGUAGUGCCUAGGGUGAUACCAGGCUGGGGAUAGGUGUUGAGUAUUUGGCUUUCCAUAUGGUAAGCAUUGUCUCUGGUAAACGUGCUGUUUAAGGAGGAAAAAAAAUCAAUUAGAGCUGCAGGAGCCCAGUCUGGCUAACAGGGAUUAAUUUGAGCCCUUUAAAAAGCAUCCAAACUCUAACGAGAUGUGUAAUUGCCAUUUGGCUUUCCUGGGCUCGCUCCACUCAAGGUUAAUUACGUGAUGCUAACAGAGCAGGGCUCACUGGUACUAGGCUGUCUUGGUGUGGCUGGUGCCAGUAGGAUUUUCUUCAAAGGUGAUGAGAAUGUGUUCUGGUGCAGAAGGUAACUUACUAAUCAGACCCUGCCUUUGCAACCCUGUCCACAGCUGGGGGUUGGAACUAGAUGAACUUUAAGGUCCAUUCUAACUUAAGCCAUUCUAUGAUUCUGUUGAUCCUGCUACAUGGCUGAAGAUCCCUAGUGGGAGGAUGAUGUGUUGGCUGUCUGGUGAGCCUCAGAGAAGCAGCGGAGUGCCUUUAAUCUCUUAAAAAUAUUUUUCUGUAGGUUUCUGCUGAGUGGGAGCAAUUGGAUUCAAAUUUAUUCAUGUUUAAGGCUGCUUGUCCACUCUUGUAUGGUGUUGGGAGAGCCUGGAGACCUCUAAGAAGUGUUUUUUUUCCCUUUUGGGAGGAACUUGCCACCUUUAUGGCCUAUAGGUAUGGUGGGAGAGCAGAAGGUGUUUUGGCUUUAGGAUAUUUGUAAGAAAUUCUUUCCUGUGAGGGUGGUGAGGCACUGGGAGAGGUUAUCCAGAGAAGCUGUGGCAGCCCCAUCCCUGGAGGUGCUCAAGGCCAGGUUGGGUGAGGCUUUGAGCAGCCUGGUGUAGUGGAAAGCUUCCCUGCCGACACUGGGGGGUUUAAACUAGGUGAUCUUAAAGCUCUAUUUCAACUCAAACCACUCUGAUUCUAUGAGCAAUGGCACAAGAGGACAAUUCUUCUCCUUGGGAUGCUGGGGAGGGCGCAUACCUCAGUCUGAGGGGACAUGGUCUCCAAGAUGCUUGUGGGCGCUCUGUGCACGCUGUGCGUUAUUCCCUAUUGCUUCCUUCCCUCCCUUCUCUGGUGCUCAAGGCUGACAUUUCGGCAAGCCAAAAGCGUGGGCACAAUGCCCAAAGUGACAGCUUUCAUGAUAGAAGGGAAAUGUCACUUGAGGACUGUGCUGCCAAGCGGUGUCCUUGCCCUGCGUGCUUCUCCUUUCUGCCCUGGUUCCUUCCCUGCCUGCCUGGCCUCAGCUGUGACACUGAGAGACAUGGCCAGCAGGCAUGGUGGGGAUGGGUCGAUGUUUGGACUUGGUGGCCUUUGGAGGCUUUAUCUAGCCUUAAUGAUUCCAUGAUUCUAAGCCACUGCUUCAGACACAGUGUGUCUUUGUUCAGGAGGAAGCUCUGAUUCCUUUCCCAUUAGCACUUUUAUAGUACUGUGUGUGUUCAGAGAGCCACGCAAGUGGCUUAAGAGCUUAAUGUGAACCUCAGGUUAAUUCAGAAUAUUGUCGGUUACUCAGCACAACACUCGCAUUAAUUCAGCUGACUGCAUCUCGCCACGUUGGGAAACACAUGCUGAAAUCAGCAGGGAGCACGGAAAACAAGCACAAGAGUUGGGUAUUAGGUAUUUUUCUGGCCCACUAAGGUGAAUACAGACACUUUAUGUGCAUUGAUUUUUCCCAUUGCCUUUGAGAUCCCUGGUCCCAGCUGGGGCUCUGAGGCCCCAAAGAACCACCAGGACACCACCCCGUGGUUCCCUGCCUGCAGCCCCUCUUUCCUGCAGGUCUGCUCAAACCAGGGAGCGGAAAAAGCCGCUCUUUGGCAGUGCUGGUUUAAAGCCAAAUAAAAGCCCAGCCAGACACUGGGAGAUAGUGCUGAAUGGCCACUAUGCAUUAAUUCCUUCUGCUUAUCCUUCAGAAACUGCCCUAUGCAAAGAAGCCUUCAAACCGUGCUAUGUUUCUCCCCAUCUGUUCCUUCUGUCUGGCUGGUGGGCUCCCAGGUCUGUGCCUUUCCCUGCAGCAAAGCAACCAUCCAUCAAACAACUGCUGCUUCAACUCCUCCUUUUCCAAAGGGCCCUGGGUAUCCCAUCUGUUCCCAAAGAUGUCUCAUUUGCAGGCACACACCGAGGCUCUUACCAACACAGUACCUUCCAGACAGUACCAAAUAGCUUUAGGUUUUCUGCCUGGCAUCCUACCUACCCUAAACCCAUGGCACGUUAAACAUCACACGUUGAGAAACACCAGAAACACAGUGCAUGCUUCAAACCCCGAGUUCCUGCGUGGAAAUACAAAACUACUGUAGUUGAAUCUGCUGUGCAAUGAAUUGUUGGUUUAUGUAUAUUUUAAUUGCAAAUCAGUGCUAUAAUUAGCACGUACAUUUUGUGGGCUGCAAUGCAAUGUGCUGUACCAGUGAGCAUUAUUAAUGGACUGUAAAAGGCAAUGGGGAAUUGGACUAUAAAGUUCUUGUUUUGCAAGCUGUAUGGUGAAUAAAUAAAUUGGUCCUGGCAGCAAAAUUAACUGGAAUAAAUGCUUCCAGCUCCAUCCACCAAGGCGAGGGGCUGCUGUAAAUGUCCUCAGAAUUGAGUUAGAAAACCUGAUUGCCAGGUCGUUAUUUCUGACAAUUAGGUAAUGGAACAAUGUUAGAGAGAGAGAUUUUCAUUGAAAUAUUUCAUGAGUAGGGUGGUAAUCAUAGACUCCUUUGCUAUGGAUAUGUGAUGGGGUCUUGGUUAGGGUUCACUGUGCCACAAAUGUUCAGAAAUGAAAUAAUACAGUGCUACCACUUUGCUGCCA